AUGGCGUCUCAUGCUGCUAUGCUCUUGGACCCAAGAGCGUACAGAAAGCAAAUGCACAAAAAUGACCGGUCGGAGUCCGGGAAAUCAUCGCAGAGUAAUACCCGUUCCCCUACCGCGCCCGCCGGCACCGCCUCCGCGGCGCAACGAUUCCUCAGUCCCCAACGUCGUGGCCGGACUUCCGUCAAGUCGAGUCCUAGGUCGAGUUCCCAGCUCCAGUCACUCGAGUCGCAUACCGACAGUGCAACUUCAUCGCCGCAGCCCUCCGAGAAAGCAGAGCCCGAGUUGGAAUUCACAUUUACGAGCGCGCAGAGCGACGAUGAACAUGAUGCGAAGCGUGGCUGUGAUCAGCUCGACACCGGGGCGGAUCUGCGCCAUGGUAGCUUAAUUGAGGAUAUGUAUGGGGUGGAGAGGCGAGUGAAUCCACCUUACAAGAAAAUAAAAAUGAAGGACGAGCAAGAUGGCCCGCCCAAGAAAGGGAAUUUUGCCGCCACUGGGGACAGCGGAUUGGGCAAAUGGAUGAAGGAAGAACAGUCAACACCAGAAGCGUCUCUUCCGGUGACCCCAGAUGUUGUCGAUUUGACCCUUGAUGCCCCAGCUGCAUCCACCAGCGAUGACGAUCUGCAAGUCACCGGCUCGAACAACCUUAGCAUCCAAAGGGUCUGCUAUGGAAAGAUUGAAAAUGCAAUGAUCCAAGCUAUUAUGGUUCCGAAACCUGCUGGCGGAACGAUCUUCGGUGAUACAAAUUGGCCGUCAAUGAAAUUAGGGGUACACCGUAUUGCAACUCAGGGAAACAUUCGCAUCGACGUCUCGGAUCCCCAUGGCAACAUUUUUGGAGCUGUUGAUACGAGGACCGCCUCUGCGAUAGCUCCGCUUCUUGACUCGCCGGGUUUGAAGGUGGACAUCACUGCACGAUUGGACUAUCGGCAGCGAAAACCGAGUGAAUGGCCCGGGGAAUGUUGUUCAGAGUUCUAUCGGGCUUCGAUUAACUUAUACGGUCUAAGAAAGGAUGCAGAGCUCGUCGGAAAUCACCUGGGACAGCGUAAUGUUUGGCUUGGCACCCCGUUCAGCGUGGAACAAGGAGUGCCGGUGUUCAACCCACAUGCUGAGAAAAGACGCGCCCAGGCCGGCCUCUUGCCCGCAGCCGCUGCUCGAGGCCGACCCGGUGUCAGUUACGAAGUACGGUCGGCGGAGGAAGUGAACAAUGCAGUGAUGAAGAUGUUUGAUCAGCUUCAGAGUGCUGAGAACGUCCCUGAGAUGGACACUCCUUCUCUUUUGAAAACGCCUUUGCUUCGGCAUCAAAAGCAGGCCCUCUGGUUCAUGACCGAAAAAGAGAAGCCGCGCAAGUUCGGGCCCAAGGAGAAAGACAACAAUUCUCUUUGGAGAAUCGAGUACUCCGCCAGCGGCAAGCAGAAAUACCGCGAGAUUAUCAGCGGCAUCACGAUGGAUGAAGAACCCCCGCAAACCCUGGGCGGGCUCUUAGCAGAUAUGAUGGGUCUUGGUAAGACACUGAGCAUACUCUCUCUUGUCGUGUCCUCCUUAGAGGAGGCACGUAACUGGGCGCCAUUGCCUCCACCCACGGACAUGGUGAAAGAUAAUCCAGGAAUUCGCAACAGUAAAACCACGCUGCUCGUGGUUCCAUUGACUGCGGUGAACAAUUGGGUCCUGCAGAUCAAGGACCAUUUGAAGACGGGAGCCGUUUCCUACUACGUGUUUCACGGCUCAGGGCGCACUAAUAACGUUGAAGAAUUAUCGCAGUAUGACCUGGUGAUCACAACCUACAGUAUCGUGCUCAGCGAACUGUCCGGCAGGGGCGCAAAACGGGGUGUGAGCCCUCUGACAAAGAUGAAUAUGUUCCGAAUCGUCCUGGACGAAGCACACACCAUCCGAGAGCAGACGGCCGCACAGACCCAAGCCAUUUUCAAGCUUAACUCGCAGCGCAAGUGGUCUGUCACCGGAACGCCGAUCCAAAACCGGCUCGAGGAUCUCCUCUCUGUGACCAAAUUCCUCGGGCUCUUCCCGUACAACGACCGGACCAACUUCGGAAUGCACAUUCUCAGUCGGUUUAAGACUGGGGAUGCCACCGUUCUGGCUAGCUUGCGUGUGCUCGUGGACUCAUUCACGCUUCGUCGGGUCAAGGACAAGAUCGAUAUUCCCGCCAGAGAAGACCGGAUCGUUUUAUUGGAGUUCUCCGACAAGGAAAGGCAAUUGCAUGAUUUCUUCCGCAACGAGUCUAACGUGAUGAUGAAAGUAAUCGCUGGCGAAGACCAGAAGAUGAAGGGCCGCAUGUACCAUCACAUCCUGAAAGCGAUGAUGAUCCUGCGACAAAUUAGCGCUCACGGCAAGGAGCUACUCGACGCCGCUGACCGAGAACGGAUCAAGGGAUUGAGCGUCCAAGAUGCCAUCAACCUUGAAGAGGGCGGGGAUAAUGAUACCGCCGAAGUGUCCGACAAGAAGGCGUACGAGAUGUUCGUCCUAAUGCAGGAAUCUUCGGGGGACGCGUGUGCCACGUGCAAUAGGCGCUUGGAGGAACCAAAUUCUGAUUCUGGCCCCGUGGACCGGCAAACUCCCAUUGCCGUCGUACUUCCUUGUUAUGACGUGCUUUGCCCUGAUUGCUUUUCCGGCUGGAAACACGCUUUCGACAGCCGAAGCAACUCAUUGCUGCCGGAUAUCAAAUGCCAAGUGUGCGAAGGGUGGAUCCCCGCAUCGUACUCCUACAUCACCGUUGGGGGACUGCAAGAUCAUCUGAUCGAGCAAGUCAAAGCUAAGCAAAGUCGACGACAGUCUAAGGUUCUUGGAGACUACGAAGGCCCGCACACCAAGACUAUCGCUCUUGUUGAGCAGCUUCAAGCCACGGCUGAAGAGAGUCGGAAAUUGGGAGAUGGGGAACCGCCUUUGAAGAGCGUGGUGUUCUCCGCAUGGACGUCGCACCUGGAUCUGAUCGAGAUUGCCUUGAAAGACAACAACAUCACGAGUUUUGCACGGCUGGAUGGCACCAUGACGCUGGCGGCCCGUGGGAAAGCCCUCAAGGAAUUCCACAGCAAUAACCGGAUCACCGUGCUUCUCGCCACUAUCGGCGCUGGUGGUGUAGGACUCAACUUGACGGCGGCGUCCAAAGUGUACAUUAUGGAGCCGCAGUAUAACCCGGCGGCAGUGGCGCAAGCCGUGGAUCGCGUGCACCGAAUCGGGCAGACACGCGAGGUGACCACGGUCCAGUUCAUCAUGAAGGACAGCAUUGAAGAGAAGAUCUUCGAGCUGGCCAAGAAGAAGCAGCAGUUGGCCGAUCUGAGCAUGAACCGCGGCAAACUCGACAAGAAGGAGGUCCAGGAGCAACGAAUGAGGGAUUACCGGGGAUUAUUCAAAUGA